CUUUAACCUACUCUUGCCGCUCGACAAAUCUUUCUUUCAUUUAUCUAAACGUGUCGAUGUGUAUUUGCUACAAUUUGUUUAAUAGACGUGAAUAGUGUUAAAAUGGAUUUGGAUUACGAUUUGAGACCAGUGGAAAGCCUUAAAGAAUUUGCUGUUGUUAAGUUCUUACAAUCGGAAAAUGAAUUGGAUCAAUAUUCAGAAGUGCUGGUAAAAUGGCUACGAUACUUUAAAGAUAUAAAUGAUAAAAUCAUUUAUAAAUGUUGGUGGCCUCCUACUAUUAUGAAUGUUACAUCGUUGCUUUUAAAGAGAAGUGACCACGAUUCUGCAACUUGGUUCUUAUUGGAAGUAGAAAUUGAUAAAUUCUGUUCUUCAAUGACGUCGGCUAGAAAAAGAGCAGGCAAUGGAAACUACAGUUCUACAGAUCAUGAAACCCUAGGCAAAGGCUAUCGUUCUAAAAUUUCAAGAAACCUGUCGGUUGAUGAAGAUAUGGAAAAUUAUACGCAAGCUCCAAAAAAGAAAAAAGUGCGACAUAAUAGUUCUAAUUCAAUGAAUUUUCAUAAUACUGAUGAUGAUGAGCAACUUAGUACCAUCCUUGCACCUCUACCAGAAGAACCUGACUUUGGUGAUAAAGAUUUAUUAACACAGGCUGAUACAUCAAAACAUGCAAGCUAUCGUUCUGAAGAUGUCUUUGAACAUAAGAAUAUUGAUGAUAAUAAUGGAAAAAUACAAUCACACAUAGAGAAAGUAGUUCGACUAUGUGCACACAUGAGAUUAGAGCUCAAAGAUGUAAAAAACCGUCUGUCGCUGGUAGAAAAAGGAAAUAAUGAGAAGUCGAUUCUUAAUGAAAUGGAAAACAUUAAAGCGUUGCUACCACUAAGGAAAGUCGCAUAUGUGGAUGAAUUCAAUAAGAAAUUGAAAACUUCUCAAGAAACUAAAUUGCUUUUUGAAAAAUACAUUCUUCGAAUUGGUGGACCCUCUGCAAAGGAAAACAUAUACAACGUUUUAAAAACUGUUUUUUCGAAUAAAUGUUGCAAAUAUUACACAUGGAAAGAAAGAAAACAAAAACCAGCAGCUUAAAAAUUACGACUAGUUAAUCAUGUUAGAACGCUACUCUGCACUACUCACGCGUCUCUAAAAGAGUCGGAGUUCGACAACAUUGCCAAAGAGUGGUUUCGCGUAUCUAUUCAACGCUACAAGAGGGAAAAAGCCAAGAAUCAUAGAAAUACACGCAGUGAAAAGGAAGCUGAAGAAUAACGAUUAUACUUACUAUAAUUACUUAUAUUAUACUUCAUUAUGAUAAAAUGUUGUUGGCUCCGCAUUCAGCGAGACUCUGCUAUUAUACAUUUUUAUUUCAC